AUGGGUAAUUCUAAACCUAGUGGUACAAUUAUCCAUGAAUAUCCUAGCCUCUUUCGUGCAUGGUGGACGAACAAGAAUCUACAAUACGACGUUGCCAUGAGCAGCCUCAUCUUAAUAAUCAACAUCGUAGCGAUCGUGCACAUGAGAACCCACAAUAUUCCCUUUAACAACGAAUAUGAUCAAGUUUCUGCGAUGACACUCUUCGUUAUGUUCUACAUCUCCAGCGGCAUAGGUAGUUGCAUCUCGUGGAUUGUGGCAAUCGAGCAUGACGAAGCAUUGGAACCAGCUUUAUUCAUUGGACGCUUUUGUCACACCAUGGGCUUCGGUAUUUUCUUCAUACUCCUCUAUUGUAUUUCUCCACAAUUGGCUCUACGCUUCGGGGUUCCUUGUUGUAUAUGGUUUAUAGCUGCCUUGGUUGCACCGUAUUGUCCCUCCUUUCCCUCUAUAUGGAGUUGUCUAUGCCAAACAGUGCAAGAACUACGAGAUUGGUGGAAGUAUGUGAACCAACCAAGAAUGGUUAGCAACUACGAGAUUGUUCAUGUUUAG